AUGGCCUGCGCCCCCGCGUGCUGGCAAGGCGGUCGCGGAGUGCGGCCCCGCGGAGCAGUUGCAACGGGCCCGGCGGCGGCCCGUCGACUGCGGCGGCAGCGGCGGCGGAGGCACGCGAGAGGUCGAAUGAUCAGCGAGGUCCCUCUUGCUUUAUUGUCUGUUUUGCUGGCUCGUGCUGAUAAAUUCGAGGUGGAUGCAAGAGUGGCGGUUCAGCGGCUUGCGGACCGUGCGAGAAAAGGAAGAAUAAAUGUAUUAAAAAUUGAGUGUUUCACAACUACGAAGCAAUCCAAAGAUUUAAAUUCAAAAGAUUUUGGGCAAGGUUAUCAUGACAUUCACAUGAUCUUCGCAGGUAUAGAAACUCGAAAGCGACGAGAGCGGACUCCAAAAUGUCCUAUUCCUGACGGCCUAAGAAAAAGGGGGUCCCACUUUUAUAUUUUUAUUACAGAGUCUUCCAGUUUGUUCUGGGACAAACAUAGUGAACGCUCCUGCAAUCUGAACAGAAGUGAUGUCAUUGCGAUUUUUGCGAGGUACCCCGCCUUCAGAGGGGAAAGCGUCGAACAGGGGGCGAGCGUCGAAGGGCGGGGCGAGGCGUGGUGGCGGAGGCGUGGGGGCGGGGGCGUGGGCGCGGGCGGACGCGGCGGCGGCGGCGACGGCGGCGGCGGCGAAUCGGCGGCUGUAAAGCGCGCAAUAUCCGGCUUUGGGCCGGCGUGGGCGGGUUGGCAGCUGGUGGUGCUGCAGUGCCUCGCGCUUGUGGCAUCGCCUGUGACUGCGCCUGUGGCCGCGGCUGUGACUGUGGCUGCGAUCGCUUGGAGUUGGUCAGUCGGCAGGACUUGGCACAGGCCAGCGGACGCGGACGCGGACACGGACACGGACACGGCCGCCGCCGCCGCCGACGUCGUGGUCGAAGUUGCAUUCGCUGCUCGAAGUGCAGACGGCGUCGCUCGCCAGCGGCAACGGCAGCGGGAGCGGGAGCGGGAGCGGAGCGGCGGAGAGGAGCAGAGAGGAGGAGGAGAAGGAAGGCGCCAGAGCAACAGCCGGAGCGGCAGCUGAGGCCACGCGAUGUCCGACGCUGACGCCCCGCCCACUGCGCCGCCGCAGUCCGCCGUGGAGUCUGCGACUGCGGCCGCGGCCGGCGACGCCGCUGCACAGGAGGGCGGCGUGAUCCCGAUCCCGUCGUCGCCGCGGCCGGCCGUGCCGCCCACCGAGGACUUCCUGCUGCACGCGCUGCGCGCCAGCGGCGAGGAGGGCGCCAUGGCGCGGCUGGCGGCGCUGGAGGUGGAGCCCGCGGGCGGCGUCGGCGACAACUUCCUAGGCGAGCUGUGGCGCGCGCGCGUCACGCUGGAAGACGCGGCCGGCGCCCGCCGCACGCGCUGCCUCGUCGUCAAGCGGCAGCCCACAGGAGACGAACGCGAAGUGUACCUGCGGGAGGCCAGGCUGUUCGAGGUGGAGGCGGCCGCCUACACGUCGGCGCUGCCGGCCAUGCUGCGCCUGCUGCGGGGCGCGUACGGAGAGACUUUCCGCCCGUUCUGGCCGCACUUCGUGUACGCGUCGCUGGAUCGCACCGAGCUGGUGAUGGAGGACAUGUCGACGCUGGACUUCCAGCUGGCGGACCGCAAGGUGGGGCUGGACCUGGACCAGAGCAAGGCCGUGGUGAAGCACAUGGCGCUGCUGCACGCGGCCUCCAUGGCCAUGUACUCGCAGAACCAGCCGGCCGUCUUCCCGUUCCUCGAGUCGCUGUUCCGCGACACCACGCGCCAGUUCCUCGAGACGUACCUGCGCGCGGGCGUGCGCCAGCUGGCGCUGCAGCUGCGCGAGUGGCCCGAGUGGGAGCGCUACGCGGAGAAGGUGUCUGCGCUGGAGGACAAGUGCUGGGACAUGAUCACGGCGGCGGUGGCCCGCGACGACGUCAGCUUCAACGUGCUGAACCACGGAGACCUGUGGGUGAACAACGUGCUCUUCCGGAAGGGCGACGGGCCCUCGUCGCUCGACCUGGAGGUGGCGCUCAUCGACUGGCAGAACGCCGUGUGGACGUCCCCUGCGCUCGACCUGCUCUACUUCCUCUACACCAGCCCCGCCGACGAGGUGCGGCGCGAGCACGGCGACGCGCUGCUGCAGCUCUACCACGGGACGCUGCAGCAGGCGGCGCAGGCGCUGGGCGUGGGCGCGCGCGCGCCGUCGCUGGAGACGCUGCGCGCCGACCUGCGCCGCCGCUUCGCCAUCGCCGUCUUCCCGGCCUUCGCAGAGCUGCCCAACAUGCUCGCGCCGAAAGACCUGCACUACGACAUCGCGCAGUACUUCCAGGAGGAGCCGCCGCGCAACAAGGCGUACGGCGCCGAGCCCUAUGCCUCCAUCAUCCGACGCCUACUUCCGCUCUUCGAGGAUUGCGGCGUCAUCUAGGCGUAUGGAGACGGCAACGGUGUCGGACCACGACCACAGAAUUCGCUGAUGCCCUCGCACGACAUACUAGGUUACGACCUAUGACGUUGCUCAAAUAAGUCGCACGGCCUUUCAGCAGCUAUACACGAAAGUCACGAUGAAACGUGUGGAAAAAUAUUCAUUGCAAUUUUAUGAAAAUAGUGACGUAGUUUAAAGGAAGCAAGUGAUUUUAAAAAAUUCUUACAUGUAACGAUGUUGUUUACUUUAAAUAGAAUUGUCAUGUUAAAGAAUCAUUACUUUCCAAAACUUUUUUCUGAAUACAAUGUAAAAUAGUUUUACUCAAAAUGUGUAUAACGAUAUCUGCAUUGAUCUUGACGAACGUUCGCUAGGUCAUUUGAAGUUAUCAGGUUUUGGAAAUUUUUAUUUUAAGUCAGUAUUUUGGAAAGGACGGCGGACAAUACGAAUAUUUUAUUCGAAAUGUUCCUCCUCACUUUUAAAAAAUAAAUAUUAAAGGUACUUUUUGAUAUCUGGAUUGUUAUUCUUGAAACUUGGUUAUUCAUUUAAUUUAUUUUUGAACGUGCAAGUUUUUUACUUAAAAGGAACUUAAAUGUAAAGUAUGAUUCAAUUUUUGUUACGAAUUCGUAAAUAUUGUGUCUACCUUAUUCUUUAAUAUUCCUGGAAAACGUUUUAGGGACUUAAGUGAUGUAGUAUCUCUUUUGAAAUUUGAGGACUGUCAGAUGACGUGCGAGGACACCUGACCUUUGUUUCACGGAUGCUCGAGAAAGAGUGAAUAUGCUAAUUGGAAAUUAUUCUCUAAUGAAAAAAGGUGGCCAAUGAAACUGUGAGGAUUAUCUUUCUAAAAAAAAGUAUGAAGACUGAAGUCAAAUAGACGCAACGAAGACGACAAUCCGAAAACUGAUUGUGAAAAUCAGAUAAUAAUUUCAGAUUCAUAAGGACACAGCAUCCGAUUGUACAAGAACAAUCACGAGUUUACGGUUUGUCUCUACGAUUCGUUGGAAGAGAGUCUGAAAUACAGACUGAAUAAAUGCAAUUGUAAGCCAGAACAAGAGACUUGUCAGAAAACGUUCAGUCGUAAGAAAAGUGUUAACAAUUUGUUCUAUUUACAAGACAAACAUAACUGCAUUUCAUUGCUCAAAAGAUUGUUUCAUAAUUUCAGUUGCAGCAUUAUUGAAAGUAUAAAUUAUUCAAAUGCAUAUUUAUUAUUUUUGCUUUGUUACUUUUUGAUGUUGAUAUAAAAUUAAAUGAAACUGAAACCUGAAAAGUGAUGUCUGAAAAUUGUUUUCAUAUUGGCAAUGAAAAAGAAAUCGUACUACUAGGAAAGGGAAUUAAAAUUAUAAAUUUGGGUAGUAACCAAAGGGCUUCAGAUACAAAGUCACAACUAUUUAUAUUUAUGAUCACCAAAGGUAAAUCUAAAUAGUUCUUCCUGAAUUUAUUUUUUCUUGGCAAAAAGUACUAAAAUGUAAUUGGAAUUUCACUGUCGAAUUUUAAUAAUAUUAUGUGUAAAAUAUUGUGUGCAAAGUCAUGCUGCUGUUCUUUUUAAUUUUUGUACGUUCACUAUUAACAUUCCAGGAACAACGUUCCAAUUUGUAACACUGCAUUCAAUAAACUAAGCAAUUCGUUUAGAAAUGUAUCAUGAGAGUCAUAUAAACCAAAAUUUUUGUUAGCGAGUGUUUGAAAAAUGCAUUCUGCUCGAGUCUAACAUGGGUGAAGAAUAUUUUCUCCAAAUAAAAUUAAACAAAUAUUACAAUACAACGUACUUUAUAACCUUUCAUUAUAAUUUAAAUACAAUUUGCCAAGUUAAAUUAACUGAUUUCUUUGUGUAUUUAAAACUGACUGGCUCGAUUGAGAGAAAUUAUACACCAGUAAUUUGCAAGACCAGUAGUCUGAUCUAAUUUUACUACUGUUUUACAGUACAAUUUCUAGUUGUUACAUGUUACAAUGAUGCUACGUUAAAGGCAUGUAAAAUUUAUGUGUCCGCUAUAUGGUCCAAGUUUUAAUUAACAGGUUACCAUGUUGCUUUUUGUAAAUAGUGUGUUUAAAGUAUUUGUAAUUUUUCAAAUCCUGAUACAUUUUCAGCUUAUCUGUAACAGGAUCUCUGAGUUAAGUCUCUUCAGGUUGGUCAAGAAACAGAAUUUACAUUUGUUCUGGCACUUAUAUUCUCGGGUUAAAACAAGUAUUACAAAUAAGUUUCUUUUUAAUUUGUUUACUACUAGUUUUGUAAGUUAGAAUUUAGUUCAAACAGUAGAAUAGUUAUCAAGAAACUUCUAAAUAUUUUAUUUGGCCCCAAAAGGCGAUGGUACAUUAUUAUUGUAUUACCUAAUGAUAACAAAUGAUGUAGAAAUUGUAGAUGCUUUUGUAGAAAUUGUGUAAAAAUAAAGACUAUUUUAAGCAACGUAAUCUGUUCUCGUUAUCUAAGUCUGGUUCCUUUUGUCAUAAAAUGAAGAGAAAAAUCAUUUCUGUAAAAGUUUUGACUUGUUUUUGCAGUCACGGCAUUAAUUUUAAAUUGUUUGUGCUAUUUUCGAUUUUUUAAAUAAACGUUUGUUCAGUAAAAUAGCGAGAAUUCCCUACACUUUAGAGAAGUCGAGAGAAUCCAUGAUAGAAUUGUCGCACAGUGAAAACAAUUUUUUAUAUCUUUCAUUUUAGAAAGAAUAGGGUUUAUAUAGUUUUUCCUGUAGGUUUCUCUAGAGAGAAAGACAGUUAUGUUGCCUCAAAAUGUGAAUGGAUAUGUAAAAUGCAUUUUAGUUCACAAAUA